UCCUCCGCUUGCAUAAACAAACAGCAGGCACCGUCUGUUUUGCCGGCAAAACAAUCGCUCAACUAGAGUCAAAACUCGAAAUAUUUACUAAACUCAUGCUGCAAAAUAUUUGAUCACGAUUGAGAGGCCGGAGAAGGUUUUAUUCCAUUGUUUGGCAAUCUGGCAGCUCCAGAGCAGACCAUGAUAGCCGCCACAGAUGUCCAGGAUUGGCUGCCGCAUGGACGCUCACUGGAACAUCCCGGACAGUUGGCGGGUGUCUCUGGAUCCGACGAACCGAAUGACCGACUUGCGGAACAGCUCAGCAACAUUGACCUCUCCGACGCUGGAAAGGAAUGGUGGUGCAUUCGGGCUAGUCCAGAUAUAGACGGUGCUGAGGAGGAACUGUACAUCAAUGGCAGGACCGUGGUUUGGAGCCAAGGCGCGCAUUCCCGAUGGACGAUCCUGCGUUCGUUUACCUCAGAAUUCCCAGUCCAUCUCACUUGCUGGGCCACCUUCAAGGAUUCUCCCGCUCUGCACCAACUCCCCCUUCGCAACGAGACGACAGAUGGCACCUUCAAGGCCAUCUGUAUCGUGGACACGCACAACAUCAACGUCUUCACCACGGACGGCCGGGACUACGUCGCCAGCUCUCCCUUCCCCAUUUCCAAAAUUUGGCCCAUAAAAAAUGGGCUCUUACUGGAAAUGGAGGCCGACGUGCCAGCCAACUCAGAAAUCUCCGCCAUCCAAUAUCCGCUGAUCUUUAGUGUCAACCACCCCUACGAUGACAUCAAGCCUGUCAUGACCAAGCAUGGCACUCGCAUUGGUGCUGUUACGGAUCCAGGACAAAGAAUUGUCUUUGCCAGUGAGGAUCCAUCAAUAUGUAUGCUUUACGAUUCAGUGGCUGGAUCACACAGCGUCUGGACAGUUCGAGGUGCCACCCUUCAGGAAAGCUUCACGCCAAGAGGGGCUGUUGAGCUGUCACUCACUGGUGAAAGCAUUUUGAGCGGUCCAUACCAUGAGAAUCCCCUGGAGACGAUUGGUGCUUCGCCGAUCCCAUCUGCUCUGGCUGCCUCCAGCCCCGUCACCAGCAGAAUAGAUAUGCGUAGGUCUUCAUACAUUGCAUCCCCGAUGAGUCCGCCGCCAAUGACCAGCUUAAACACCAGUCGGCGCAACACGGUGACUGGGGUCUCGCCGUUCCAUGCAAAGGCCAGCCCUUUCAACGCGUCUCGAAAAUUCAGUCUAGCCGACAGCCUUGGAGGCUUGGGGACCCCGAUUUCUGAGCGGCGCGAAACCAUUGACUGCCGCUCGCCCCUGAACAUGCCUGUUGACGUGCCUAUGCAGCCGCUCUACCCAGAGGUGUGCCUCGAAUUUCUCUGGUCAGAGUCUCCCAGGGAGAGCAGUCGCAGUGGUGGCGCCUCGAAGGCGUUUUUGACCACAGACUUGGUCGGCCAGUCAUACCUGUGUUACCUUGUUACUGGGAAACAAGAGCUCUUUCUUGUCAAGCUUGAGCAGACGAAUAGUAUGAAGCAGCUGAUUUUCUGCACUAGAACCAGUAUUCCUGCCAAAGACGCUGUGCCUUUAUCUGAAUUGCCGAUGAUUGUGGUGCUAGACGUGUGCGGUGGCGUCACUCUCUACUCAGGCCCAGACGUCGUGUCCAAGGUCUUCCUGCCCAAUUUGAUGCCGAUGCAGACGCCUGUGGCGACUAGGUCCUUCCACUCUCUGAUUACAUCUCCAGCUAGCUUCCACCUGUCUGAGAGCUCGUUCAAAGUGCGUAGGAGCAGUCUGCGCGCGGAAACAACCAUGGAGGGCUCGUUGUUUGCCGACGCAUCGUGCGUACUUUCGCCAGUGCCAAAGACGAUGAAAAUGGGCACCUGCGCUAGUUUUGAUGGGAGUCAGCUAAACACAGAUGAGGUUUUGUGUCUCCGGGACGCCGCCAAGAAACGCGUCACCUUGGAAUUCAGCAACGGGCACAUGGUUCGACUAGGUCUACCUGAGAUUCAUACCUCAUUGCUUGUGAGGAAAUGCAUUCAAACGCUGCGGAUAGCUUUGAAGAGGGAAAGUGCCAUGCAACUGCUGACCAAAUGGUAUUGCGCGAGAAACGCGCCAGGCUCCCAAGAUAUCACGGCAGAGACUGAGUGGCAGCUAUUCUUGGCAGCGCUUCUUGGCUUGAUGGGCUACGAGGUGGAGAAGCUGAAAAUUAUCAAAAAGUACGAUGCGAAUUGCGCACCGCAGGAAAAGCGGAAAAAGAAGUCAGAGUCUGGGAGCAGGGAUGACUGGAGCUGGGUCAUGUCAAACCACCAAAAGGAACUGUCAGACAUGUGCUCAGUGCUCAAGAUAAGCUGCCCUGAGUUGUUUAGCAUUGAAUCAAAUGCAACCGACGGCAGAAUCAAUACGCAGGCCCCGCUCUUCAAGGCAUUUGAAUCUAUUCUCGCCUCCCUUCACCUCCUUUAUGAAGAAAUGAAACUGGACGUUCUGUGCAAAUCAGACCUCCCUCAGCUUGCCCAGCUGCUGCACUUGCUGGCCAGUGACUUAAAGGUGCCAAUGUAUAUCGAGCACUAUUGGAAGGACUACCCUCACUUGUGCCGUCCAUACAAUAGCCAGGAACGUCAAAUGCAACCAAGCGACCUCAGUAAACUGACCCUAAAAGUGUCUGAGCCAUCGUCCAUAAUGCACAUGGUACAAACGUUUUUGGACUGUCCAAGUCGGCAGCCUCGACCGUACCCAUAUUUGGCAAAUGUAAACGACUUGUCGAGAGAUAUUGUCCAACUGACCGCUCUGCUUACAAUGGGCGUGAAAAAUCCAAAAAUUGACCUGGAGCCGUUUGUACACUACAGCGGCUCAUCGUUUUUGAGGAAAGAGUUGGAAAAGGAGAAAAUUCCACACACAACAAGUGUCGCUGAAAGAGCCAUUCAGUUGAUGGUCCAAAGAAAUAUUACACAAAGUGUGAUUGAACGGCUGCCUGGAAGCAUUGCUCUGCUGUUCAUGUGCGCCUUGUCUGAGUGCCGAGAGAAUCCUCCUCCAGACUGGUCCGAAGAGGCAUUCAAACUAGUUGGAAGGGAAGACCUGGCGAUCCUGUACCGAGGGGAGGCAAUGACUACGCCGCACAAGCUACCCAACGUCCAGAAGGAGAACACAACUGAGGAGGUUGUGGAUGGAAUGGAGGACUUGGAGCUGGAGGGCCUGCAGCUGCGCUUUCCCAAGGACCAGCGGGUGGCAUCCGUGCGGCGUAUGCUGCAGGCGGCCAAGCCAGUAAAGAUCACCGUCGUACAGCGGCCUGAAGUUUCAGACCAUGACUACAUUGAAGAGCAAGAGAAGCAGCUCCUCUCUUUGUGCACCAGAACUCUGGCCUUGCCAGUUGGAAGGGGAAUGUUCACCUUGGCGUCUGUUGAGCCAGUCGUACUGGAGCCUCUUCCAAUACCCAAGUUGUGUUUGACUGGCAGGUCCCCGGUCAGAGGAACGACUGUUGAUUUGUCCCACAUUGAAACUGUGGCCAACAUGAAUUACUGGCCUCUCUUCCACAAUGGAGUAGCAGCUGGGCUCAAAGUCAGCCCCAACGCGCCAGGAAUUGAUUCCACUUGGAUCGGCUACAACCGCCAAAAGGGAAGCGCUGACUCAACGACUGAGCACGCUGGCUUUUUGAUGGCGCUUGGUUUGAACGGACACUUGAAAACGCUGAAAAACUUUAAAAUAUACGAGUACCUGAACAAGUGCCAUGAAAUGACCAGUGUAGGAUUGCUUUUGGGUAUUGCUGCCAGCAAGAGAGGAAGCGGCGACCAAGAAGCGUCUCAGGCGAUCAGGACGAUUUGCCUGCACAUUGAAGCGAUGCUGCCACCAACCUCACUGGAGCUUAACAUUGCCCAAAAUAUCCAGGUGGCCGCACUGCUUGGGCUUGGUUUACUGUACCAAGGCUCAGCGCAUCGACACAUCGCUGAAGUUCUAUUAUCCGAGAUCGGUCGCCCACCUGGACCUGAAAUGGAAAACUGCGUGGAUAGAGAAUCGUACUCGCUGGCUGCAGGACUAGCCCUGGGCCUGGUUGUGUUGGGCCAGGGCAAUGGACACAUGGCGGGCCUCAAGGAUCUCGCCAUUCCUGACACCCUGCACCACUACAUGGUCGGCGGGCACGUGCGACAACUUCCAGUUUCCCAGAGGGAAAAGUACAAGAACCCAAGCUAUCAGAUCAGAGAAGGCGAUUACGUCAAUGUCCACGUCACGUGCCCUGGAGCCACAUUGGCACUUGGAAUGCUCUAUUUCCGCACAGGCAAUGAGUCUGUAGCGAGUUGGAUGGAAGCUCCUGACACGCAGUACUUACUGGACUUCAUCCGGCCUGAUUUCCUGCUGCUGCGGAUUUUGGCAAAGGGCCUUAUCAUGUGGGACCAGAUCGUGCCCAGCAAGGAGUGGGUCGAGAGCAACGUGCCAGAAACCAUCCGUCCGUUCGCCUUAUCCAAGCCGCAGCCUGGCACUGACCCUUCCAUUGAUCUGGAAACAAUGAAUCAGGCGUACUGCAACAUUUUGGCUGGCUCCUGCAUGGCCAUGGGCCUUAGGUUCGCCGGAUCAGCGAACAACGAAGCCUAUGAGACUUUGUUCUACUACGCCAACCACUUCAUCUCGCUGCUCAGCAAGUCCAUUGCUGAACUGGCUGGCAAGUCAACCGUCGAAUCCUGCAUCAAUGUCAUUGUUCUCUCCCUUGCCAUGGUUAUGGCUGGCACUGGCGACUUAACAGUGCUGCGGCUGUGUAGAUUCCUGCGUUCGCGUGUUGGGCCAACACAAGCGGUGGUCACGUAUGGGUCGCACCUGGCCACGCACAUGGCCAUGGGCCUUCUGUUCCUCGGCGGCGGCCGCUACACGCUGUCGACGUCAGCACAGUCAGUCGCAGCCCUACUUUGCGCCUUCUUCCCCAAAUUCCCUACACAUUCCAACGACAACAGGUACCACCUUCAAGCCUUCCGCCAUUUGUAUGUGCUGGCGGCGGAGCCUCGGCUCCUGCUUCCCCGUGAUGUCGACUAUUUUAAGUGCGACUACACCAGUCUGAAAAUAGUCUACCUGGACACGCCCUGGUACAAGAACCAGCAAGUCGUCCUCAAAGCGCCCUGCCUGCUGCCAGAGCUGCAUCUUAUCAAGGAGAUUAAUGUCACAGACGAAAGGUACUGGCCCAUCACCUUUGAAAAAGGCCGCAACUGGAACCAACUGAUAAACUUGCUGAAAAUGAACCACUCAUUGCCCAUCAAAAAGAAGGCAGGCUGCUUGUCUUACAAAGACGAUCCGUCGGGCUUUAGGACCAUGUUUGCCAAAUCUCUCACGCAUGAAAAGACAGUUUGUUGGUCUGCCAGGAUGGAUUCCAUAUUGGCCUUCUCGUCGCAAAAUCCGCUGGUCGACUUCGCGGGACUGUUCCUCAAGGACGCACCUGGUGACACUGACAAGGAGAGGGAACUGAAAGAUUUGAUCAAAACGUACACAUAUGACUGCUGCGUUCACGACAAGUCAUCCCUGCUGCCAAUUUUGCUGUCAUUUCUUUUUGGCACCAUUGAUCUGGCAAACGGUGAGCCAGACACAAGCGUCAUCUGGCAGAUCAAAUUGCAUUUGAAAAUCGCUGAACAUCUGUCCAAGACCUCCAAGCUCACGCCAUUAAUCUCAACAGAGAUGGCAAUUUCCAUUGUAUCAAGGACGCGUGCGGCAUUGGACUCCCUGGAGUCUCGUCUGAAACCUCACAUUGAAGACUACUCUAAUGGUCGCACUCUGUCAACCACCGACAGCCAUAUUCUCAAGUGUCUUGCUGCUUACUUGGUAUUCUAUGAUAUCCCUACACCCCAAGUUCUUCAAGGAAUCAAGAAACCAUUCAACCCACUACACUUGCUAAAUUUAGGAUUCACGCCGUCAAUGGCUCUAAAGCUUGGAAAUUCGUAUAAAAAAUAAAACAAAUUUAAAUGGUUUUUCUAAGAUAAAA